UUGCCCAUUCAAAAGAUACUACUAACGACCGGAUAACUAACCAAGACAAGUCAGUGGCGCCAAUCAACGACGACGAUGAGUAGUGUGUGCGUCUCUCUCCCUUUACCCGCGAAAACCCCCCUGAAACCAAUUAACAUAAACCCUAAUUUCAAACCCCCCAAUUUCGACGACAAUCUAAUUCAUCUAGCCAAUACUGCCCAAAUCCACAAAGCAAUGCAUUUAAUAACAACCCAUCAACACAAACUCACCCCAGACCUCAAUACAUACUCCACUCUCCUCAAAUCUUGCAUUCGAACCCGUAAUUUCGAUCUCGGUAAGCUCCUACACAACAAUCUCAUUAGUUCUGGUCUUGUAUUUGAUGAUCAUGUCAUUAUGCUUAAUUCACUUAUUACUUUGUAUUCUAAGUCUGGUGAUUUAGUUACUGCUAAAUGUUUAUUUGAUAGUGUGGGGGAUAGGAGGGACUUGGUAUCGUGGAGUGCGAUAAUUUCUGGUUUUGCACAUAAUGGGAUGGAGAGGGAGAGUGUUUGUAUGUUUGUUGAUAUGAUUAAGUCUGGGGAACGCCCGAAUCAGUUUUGUUUUUCGGGGGUUAUUCAUGCGUGUUGUAGUCGGGGGAAUGUGGAUGUUGGGUUGGGGAUAUUUGGGUUCGUGAUUAAGACGGGGUAUUUUGAGGCUGAUUUGUGUGUUGGGUGUGCUUUGAUUGAUUUGUUUGCCAAGGGGUUGAGUGAUAUGAAGUUGGCGAGGGUAGUGUUUGAUCGAAUGCCUGAAAGGAAUGCGGUUACUUGGACGUUGAUGAUUACUAGGUAUGCGCAGAUGGGUUUUUCAGGUGAUGCUUUGGAAUUGUUUUUGAGUAUGGUAGAGAAUGGUUUUGUUGCUGAUCGGUUUACUUUCAGUAGUGUUAUUUCUGGGUGUGCUGAAUUAGGAUGGUUAGAUGUAGGUAAACAAUUGCAUUCUUUGGUGGUCAAAUCUGGUUUGUCUACGGAUGUUUGUGUCGGCUGUAGUUUGCUAGACAUGUAUGCAAAAUCUGGUGGAUCUUUAAUUGAUUCAAGGAAUGUGUUUAAUAGGAUGUCUGAACAAAAUAUCAUGUCAUGGACAGCAAUGAUUACUGGAUAUGUACUAAGUGGAGGAUUUGAUAGAGAAGCUAUCGAGAUGUACAUUAAGAUGAUAGAAAGUCGGGUAUUACCCAACGAGAUCACAUUUUCCAGCCUUCUUAAAGCAUGUGGAAACCUUGCUGAUACGAAAGCAGGAGAGCAGAUAUACAGCAAUGCUGUCAAGUUGGGAUUCUCAUCUGUAAAUUGUGUAGGAAAUUCUCUUGUUAGUAUGUAUGCUCGGUCGGGUAGUAUUGAAGAUGCUCAAAAAGCCUUUGAGAUUUUGUUUGAAAAGAACUUGAUUUCUUACAACAUACUUGUUGAUGCCUAUGCUAAGAAUUUGAAUUCAGAUGAAGCCUUUGAUAUUUUUAAUCAAAUUGAGGAUACUGAAAUUGGGGUUGAUGCCUUUACGUAUGCUAGUCUGUUGAGUGGAGCUGCAAGUGUUGGUGCAGUUGGCAAGGGCGAGCAGCUCCAUGCGCGGUUACUAAAAUCUGGGUUCGAGUCUAACCAGUUUAUCCGUAAUGCUUUGAUCUCUAUGUACUCUAAAUGUGGGAACAUCGUAGCUGCAUAUCAAGUUUUUGAUGACAUGGAAGAUCGGAAUGUAAUAUCUUGGACAUCGAUCAUCACAGGUUUUGCAAAACAUGGUUUAGCAAAAAGAGCUCGGGAAAUGUUUGAACAAAUGCUCCUAGCUGGUGUUAAGCCGAAUGAUGUCACCUAUGUUGCUGUUUUAUCAGCCUGCAGCCAUGCAGGCUUGAUGGAUGAGGGAUGGAAACACUUCAAUAAUAUGUACAAAGAGCAUGGAAUAAAUCCUAAGAUGGAGCACUAUGCAUGCAUAGUUGAUUUAUUAGGAAGAUUGGGAUAUCUUGAAAGUGCAGUGCAGUUUAUUGAGUCAAUGCCAUACACUGCUGAUCCUCUGGUCUGGCGAACAUUGCUCGGAGCUUGUCAUGUUCAUCGUAACACAGAGAUAGGAAAAUAUGCUGCAGAAAUGAUUCUUAAGCAGGAUCCAAGUGAUCCAGCUGCUCAUGUAUUACUUUCUAAUUUGUAUGCGUCGAAGAGUCAGUGGGAUCAUGUUACAGAGAUAAGGAAAGGAAUGAAACAGAGAAAUGUGGUCAAGGAAGUGGGUUGUAGCUGGAUAGAGACAGGAAACACGGUGCACAAGUUUUAUGUAGGGGAUACUUCUCAUCCACAGGCUCGGGAUAUAUAUGGACAACUAGAUCAGUUGGCAGUUAAGAUAAAAAAGCUUGGAUACAUUCCAGAUACGAAUUUUGUUCUACAUAAUGUGGUAGAGGAGCAGAAGGAGCAGUACUUGUUUCAACACAGUGAAAAAAUUGCUGUAGCAUUUGGUCUUAUUAGCACAGCUAAACCAAAGCCCAUUAGGAUCUUCAAGAAUUUACGUAUCUGUGGAGACUGUCACACUGCAAUGAAGUAUAUAUCCUUAGCAACUGGGAGAGACAUAGUAGUUAGGGAUUCAAACCGGUUUCAUCAUUUUGUAGAUGGAUCGUGUUCCUGCAAUGAAUACUGGUGAUAAUUUGGUGCAGGAUGAACAGUUUAUUUUAAUUGGCAAAGCAAGAUGAGUUGAUAAAUCAUAAGGUAUUCUUUUCUGUUGUAUGUUUCUUGGGUAUAAGGUAGCCUUGGGGGAGCACAAAAAACCUGCCAAGCACAUCCUAUAAAAGCAGUGUGUAAACUUUUAUUAGAUCUGUUGGCCGUCUCUUCUGUUGAAUUACAGUUUUAGAUUUCGUGUAAAAUUGUAGGGAGUUGAAAUAUCAAAUAUCAGUCAUGUGGUGGAAAGUACCUAUGACCGCAGCUACCACUCGGCAUGGAAAUGUCACUCAGGCAAUAUUUUUUGUACAAUAUAUUUACUUCCACUGUUUUAUUACAGGGCAUCAGUAUGACAUGCAACUUUCUGCCAAAUGUGACAGUACAACACUCAAAGUCUCAAAGUGCCCUCAAAACAAGGGUUGAUUUGCAUUACAUCUGUUAUACCAGUGAUGAGUUAUGACUUAUAAGUUGUUGGCUUCAAUAAAAGUCUAUGCAUGAAAGAUAUUAUGAUGGCCGGUCAUCUAUGAGAUCUAAACACUUGUACAGGGCCCAUAGUUCCCUGCUGAGGACUUGAGACUGUAGAUCGGACCUUUGCCACAGAUGUCUAGCAGCCGCACAGACACCAAAUGUAAUGAUAAUGAAAAUAAAGGAACCAGGGAUUUUGCUUCAAAAAGCAUUCUUCAACCAUUCCCUCCCUUCAGGGAUUUUGCUCCCCUAUUUUUGCCAGGACUUCUCCACAUCAAUUCAUUUGAUUUCUGAGGAUUGCAGCGCAUCACGAUGAGAACAAAACAUUUUCAAGUGACGGACUUCUUCGUUGUCUCAUCAGUGUUCCGUCAUAAAUACUUCUGUGUCCAAAUUUAUCAGGUAUUACAAUCAAAUUCACCGAACAAGACAAGGUAUUUUAAGCAAUGGACAUAAAUCCAACCCUUUAAAAAAGAGUUACAUUUGGUACAUUGUUGGAUAGAGUCAGAAACUGCCUGAAAUUUAGUGCUCCUGUUGCAAAAGAAUCUGGGGAAUCUCCGGGUAUAGUCCAAUAUCUUUUGCCAGUGCUCGAAGUCCAUUUAUUAGUAAUCAGAUCCCAGAAAGUGAAGAAAGAUUAAUAGACCAACGGGAAAAAAGAAGAAGCUGCAAAGUGUUUAAACAAGACGAAACAUGAUGCAAAGGUGAUGGAUUCAUUAAAACUUCAAGACAAGUGAAAGAUACCGUGAGCAUGUUGUCUGAAGUGAGAAAUGAAACAAUAUAGCAGCUGAUGAUUGAGCUCGAGAAAGAAAGGAUAGAAGUAACAGGUUAAAAGAAAGCAGAUGUUCGUAAAAUUACAUUGAAAUCAAACUUGUAACCGCAUGGUCCGGGGAGGAUAAGAUGUACGCAACCAUGCCCUGGCUUCACAGUAAGGAGCUCUAAUUUUAAUACAAAUACGAUAUUGGUUCGAUUUAGAUUGACUUUGACAAAAUUUGGAUUGGUUUUAUAUAAACAAAAUUCAAGUGUUUUAACGGCAAAGAU